UCUCCGAUUGGCCGCUGUCGGGGCGGGGUUGGCGGACCGCUCGCUGAUUGGUGGUCGCGCCGGAAAGGCGGGGCCGGCGGGAGGAGGCCGGGGCGCCAUGGCCACAGCGACGGACCAGCUGGUUGGGUUUGGCUUGGUCGCCUUCAGCCUUGUCCUCUUUGUUUACUACACCGUCUGGAUCAUCGUACUGCCCUUCAUGGACAGCGACCAUGGGAUCCACCAGUUCUUCCUGCCUCGGGAAUAUGCAGUUAUCAUCCCUGUGGCAGCCGGGCUGCUGCUGCUGCUAUUUAUAGGUGUUUUUAUAAUGUCUGUCAUGUGGAAGAGCAGGAAACAUACCAAGAAAUCAGACUGAAGGCCCAGCUGAGGAGAUGAGGAGAUGCCCACGCUGCAGCAUCAUAGCCAGGAACAGACUUUUCCUGCAGCUCCAGGCAGACAUCUCCAAGGUGCCCAGCACUGAGCUGCUCCCACGUUCCCUCCUGCAGAGACUAAACCUGUAGUUUACAAUUCACUGACCAAAGAGAAGCAGGAUUCAUCCAAGGCUCAUCAAGUGAGGGACCAGAGCCCCUGCUGAGGGACCUGCUCCCCAGCUGGGGCUGCCCUGCCCACUCCCUGGGCACUCCUUCCCUUCAGCUCUGGCUCGGCCCAGUAGUCUGGGAAUUUUAUUUAAAAGUUUACCUACAGUUUGUGGGGUUUUUUUGAUUCUAGUCUGAAAGGAGAGAAAUGAGACUUUGGGCUUGGAAAGAACAGGUUUGCCUUCUCCAUUUGCUUCUGGAAGGGCUAAUCAUGGUGCUGGGGGCUCUUGCUCUUCUGAAGAGGGACUCCCAUGAGGCUGGGUGUGCAGAGGGUGCAGGGACAGUGCUGCUCCCUGUGUCCCACCCAGCUGAGGGGGUGGUGAGAUGUCCUGGAUCCCAGGGAAGUGUUGGGUGUGGUUCCCAUCACAGCUCUCAGUCCUGGCUGGAUUCUUGCCCUGGACAGGGCUCCAUGUGCCAGCCAGGCUGGGGCUGAGCAGGCAGGUGUGGUGGCAGUGUCCUUCCCCCAGAGGGUUCCUCUCCUGGCAGCAGCUGCUGCCCUGGCAGCUCCCCUGGACCGUGGCAAGCAGGACCACCCUCAAUAAAGGUCUGUAAGGUCUCA